AUGUCUGCCCCCGAUUUACAUAACUCUCUAUUGCGACCGCCGAUCCUCCAAAUCCUCCGUGCUGCCGGCUUUCAUUCCGCUCGCCCUGCGGUCAUCGAUACUCUUACCGACAUAGCGGCUCGAUACCUGUUUCUCCUCUCCUCAUCGACCGUUGAUCAUGCGCUCAACAACCAUAGCGAAGAGCCGGUACCAAAUUUUGAUGACAUCCUGAUGGCCCUGGAUGAUGCCGGCGCCCUACGACCGCAAAAGACCCGGCUGGAAGAAAACCUGGAUGGCAUUGAAGAUAUGAGGGGCUUGGAGUCGUUCCUGCGCUGGUUUAAUGGCCCGGUCAAUACCCAAAUCAGGCGGAUCGCUGGGUUUGUUCCCAGCGAAGGUGAUGUUGUUGAGGCAGAGACCGAAGAUUAUUUGACCGCACUAAAAAAGAGACACAGCAAGACUGGCGAAGAGUCCAGAUUUCAAGGCACCCUGUUGGGAAAGGAUGUAGACGAUAGACCAGUCGUUAUUGCAGGGGGUGUGGAGUCCAUAAAGGCGUGGCGAAGUAAGGUCAAGUCUAGGGAGGCCAGUAUGGUGCCAACAUCUACAACAAUCAGCAGUAUUUCUUCAACGCGGCGCUGUCUUAUCGGCCAUCUUGGGGUGCUUACGUUCACAUUUGAUAUGAAUAUUGUCAUCUUCAUACCCCACUUUGUAUUUAGUCAAGCCAUUUUGAUUGAAAACGCUGGUGACACCACCAGACUUGGUCUUGGGACACGCGAGGUCUUCGAGCCGUUGACGAUGGUGUUCUGCUUCUCGCUUCCUACCACCUCGCAUCUGUCAUUUCAGUCUUACCUCACAUCUGCAUCCCACCCCUCUUUGCCCUCCUGCUCCUCCACGGCUCGCCACGCACUACGUGUUGCAUUGAAGACGUACAAGGCCCUUCCGCCUCCACAACGUACGGCACAUCUCUCGCUCAUUCUUGCCGCGCUGAAUGAAUACCUUCCGUACCUGUUUGCACUCUCUCGCGGCAUAUCUUCCAGCCCUGCGGCCGAUGAUGAGGUCAUCGACGUUGCCCUGCAGGCGGAGAUUGAAGUGGAAUGGCGCGGGACGAUAAGCUCUGCCGCGUCGGCGCUACGUCUGCUGCAUCGGGGAGGACGAGACCAGCGUAUAAAGGGCUAUGGUUUGGAUUUUGAAAUUGCAUUCGUCCUCACGACGCUGGGCUAUGUUCUAUCAGAUAUGGCAAGAACCAGGAUCCUUAGCACGCUCUAUGCGAAUACUACCCCAACGGUAGACCAGAAGACUGCGGCUGUAAAUGCUGCGACAAAGCAUUUACUUGCGGCAAGCAGUGUGCAUUCAUAUCUCGCCUCGUCUGGCUCAUCGUCCCAGGGGCAUGAUUCCAAUAUGGCGCCGGACUUGGACUCUUCAACGCAGUCUGCUCUGUCGUCAUUAGCUAUGGCCGAAGCGACGUUGCUCGCUGUGUUGAAAGAUGAUGCGUAUUUGUCUGCCUGUAUCCAGGCGCGCAAUCGAAAUGACACCGAGUGGAUGAUCAAAGCUCCGGAUUUGCCAAAGGUUCGGACUCUUUUGUUCGCCCGACUUUGUGUUCGAGCAGCAGAAUAUGCGGAACAGGCCGCUGCCAGUGCUGGGGCUGUGAAAAGUGGGGGGAAGGCUACGGACUCGACGAGUCUAGAUAACAGGUAUUUGGAUGAACAUCUCAUCGAUUACAUGAGCGUUCUGGCCAAGGUGGCUAGGGCGAAGGCGUGCCGGUUCUUUGGAAUAGAUGCAGAAAUGAGCGGCAAGACAGGCGAAGGGAUUGCAUGGUUAAGGGCCGGCAAGUCAGCAUUGGGAGUUAGGGGCUCCUUAGAGGGGGAUGAGGGGGGCUCUGGGUCAAAGAGCAGGGGCAGUCUGGGAUUUUCCAAAUUGAAAAGACAAUGGAGUGAAAGAAGGGAGGAGAAAAAGCUUGAAGAGACAGCUACAGCGAAAAAGGGGGAGCAAGCUUCCGGUCUUGACUGGGGUGAUGACGCUGGAAGAGAAGAGGAAAUCAAAGUUCUUGAAAUGUUAGAGGCCAGGUGGAUGAAAAUGAACGACACUGUGAACACACAAUUCAUACCAUCUUCAACAUCUUACUUGUCCAGCCUACCAUCCGGGAGAGACAUCCACACCCCUCCCAGCCCUUACGUUCCUCCAAAGCUAGAUUCAGAUCAAAUUAUGAGAUUACGUGGCCCUCCUGAUAGCCCAGAGCCCACAAAUGAGGAUGAAAGUAGCGAUUCAGAAAAGGAAACGCCUCAUGAUACCUUUUUGGGCCAACGUCGUGGGUAUUUUUAG